GUCUCUUCUUGGUCUCCUUCUCAUGCUUCUCUUAAUCUACAACAGCUUCUCUGUCUUCUCUCUUCAUCUGGUUCCAACCUCACCUAUUCAAUCCACCCUUUCACCAACUCAUCUUCAGAUUCUUCAUCAUCAGACAUCAACAUCAUCAUCUGAGUCAGAUUCUUCAUUGUUGCUUGUGGUGAAAGAAACCUCUUUAGGGUUCAUACAGAAGCAGAACGUUUCGUCGACAAGGACAGAGAGAAAGAUGAGGAGAUUCAAGAGAAGAACCGAGUUAACUUCUGCGAUAACACAGCGGUUACAAGUCAAAUCAAGACAGAGAUUUAACACGAAGUUCAAGUCUUUCUUGUCCAAAUCAUCUUGUGAGUCACUCUUCUUCAUGACUUGGAUCUCCUCCAUCGAAUCUUUCGGUGAUCGAGAGCGAUUCACUAUAGAGAGUCUCUUCAAAUUUCACCCAAACAGCUGUUUGAUUUUGGUCUCAAACUCAUUUGACUGUGACAGAGGAACUCUAAUCUUGAAACCCUUUACAGAUAAAGGGCUUAAAGUGCUUCCAAUUAAACCUGAUUUUGCUUACAUCUUCAAAGAUACAUCAGCAGAGAAAUGGUUUGAAAGUUUGAAGAAAGGAAGGUUUAGUCCAGGAGUGAUUCCAUUAGAGCAAAACCUCUCUAACCUUCUAAGAUUAGUCUUGCUCUACAAAUUCGGCGGAAUCUACUUAGACACAGACGUUAUAAUCCUCAAAUCUCUCAGCAAUCUCCACAACGUAAUCGGAGCACAAACAGUUGACCCGGUUACAAGAAAAUGGAGCAGGCUCAACAACGCGGUGCUCAUCUUCGACAAAAACCAUCCUUUGCUUAAAAGGUUCAUCGACGAAUUCUCAAGAACCUUCAACGGUAACAAAUGGGGCCACAACGGUCCCUACUUAGUGUCGAGAGUCAUUGCAAGAAUCAACAUUUCCUCCUCUUCGGAUUUGGGAUUCUCAGUUCUUCCACCAUCUGCAUUUUAUCCGGUGGAUUGGACUACAAUCAAAGGAUUCUACAGAGCGCCCACGAGUGAGACCGAGGCUAACUGGUUGCGGAAGAGGCUUACGCAUUUACGCAAAAAUACAUUCGCUGUUCAUCUUUGGAACAGAGAGAGUAAGAAACUUAGGAUUGAAGAAGGAAGCAUCAUUCAUCAACUCAUGUCUCAUUCUUGCAUUUUUUGUAACUCUUCUUCUUUACAUUUAAGUUAAAUCAUGUAAAGUAUAUUUCCACGAGAGACAAGGACAAAUCUGUGUUUGUUGUGAACAUACAGAUUUGCUGAUCUAUCUGCCAUUCUUAGGAGCCGUACAAAUAGCCAAUGUGUAUUUUGUAAUUUGUACAUCAAAAGUCUGGUUUUUUAGUUAUUUACUAGACGCAAUCUUUCGGGUCAAUUUUUUAUUU